AGACUUUCUACUUAUUUAUUAUUCACUUCAAUAAUAGACUCUAUUUUCUAGAACAAUGUUUGUUCACACAUCUCUUCUUAUACCCUACAAAUGCAACUUCCUCUAUCUCUCUCUCUGUAUAUAAUAUUAUAAACAUAUAUAUACCCACACACACAAACACCUAUAGUCCCCAACUCUCUAUCCAUAUCAUAAUUCUCUAACUCUCUCUCUCUCUCUGGUUUUCUAAAAAAAAUCUUUCUGGUAAAGAGAAGCAAAAUGGGUGCUCUUGAUUACCUCUCCAACUUUUGCACUGUUACCAGCACAAGAAGCAAACGGAAACCAAUGCAGACAGUUGAAAUCAAAGUGAAAAUGGACUGCGAUGGCUGUGAAAGAAGAGUUAAAAAUGCUGUUACCUCCAUGAAAGGUGUAAAGACAGUGGAAGUAAUCAGAAAACAAAGCAGGGUGGUAGUAAGUGGAUAUGUUGAUCCAAACAAGGUGUUGAAGAGAGUAAAGAGCACAGGCAAGAGAGCUGAAUUUUGGCCAUAUAUACCUCAACAUCUAGUUCACUAUCCUUAUGCACCUGGUGCCUAUGACAAGUUGGCACCAGCAGGCCAUGUUAGGAAUGUUGUUCAAGCUUUUCCAGCCACAAAUGCUCCGGAAGACAACAUGAUCUCUCUCUUUAGUGAUGAUAAUGUCAAUGCAUGUUCAAUUAUGUAACAAAAUUAAUAGUGGUUUCCAUAGUUGUUUAGUUAUAAUACGAAUUUGUGAACUUUAUUUUUUUGCAGGACCUCUUUAUAAUAUAUACAUAUAAAUAUAAAUGAUUUAGUAUUACAUCAA